AUGGGUGUUCAUUCAUUUUGGGAUAUUGCAGGUCCCACGGCAAGACCCGUGAGGCUGGAAUCCCUGGAAGAUAAGAGAAUGGCAGUCGAUGCGUCCAUUUGGAUAUACCAGUUUUUGAAAGCUGUGCGGGACCAAGAAGGGAAUGCUGUGAAAAAUUCACACAUCACUGGCUUUUUCAGAAGAAUUUGUAAGCUGCUGUACUUUGGUAUAAGGCCGGUGUUCGUGUUUGACGGUGGUGUGCCCGUGUUGAAGAGAGAAACUAUACGGCAAAGGAAAGAACGAAGACAAGGGAAGCGAGACAAUGCGAAAUCUACGGCUAGGAAGCUGCUAGCUUUGCAGAUGCAAAACAUGUCGGACGGUAGCGCAAAGAAGCUGGCACAGAAUGACGGUAGUAGUGUUCAAAUCUUCAAACCUCAAGACGAGUGGGAUUUGCCUGAUAUACCAGGAUUCAAGUACGAUAAGGAAGAUGCCAGAGUUGAUUCUACCAAGACUUUCGAGAAGCUUAUGAAUUCGAUAGACGGCGAUGGAUUGGAAGACAUUGAUUUGGACGCCAUAAAUCCAGCAUCGGCUGAAUUUGAGGAGCUGCCUAAGGCGACACAGUAUUUGAUAUUAUCAUCGUUGAGGCUGAAAUCUAGACUGAGAAUGGGGUACUCGAAGGAACAGUUGGAAACCAUUUUCCCCAAUAGCAUGGAUUUCUCGAAAUUCCAAAUAGAUAUGGUCAAAAGAAGAAAUUUUUUCACCCAAAAAUUAAUCAACACCACUGGGUUUCAGGACGGUGGGGCGUCUAAGCUAAACCAGGAGGUGAUUAAUAGGAUAUCUGGACAAAAAAAUAAAGAGUACAGGUUGACGAAGACGGAUAAUGGAUGGAUCCUUGGGCUAGGGUCGAACGACGGUUCUGAAGCCCAGAAGGCAAUCGUGAUAGACGAUGGAGAGUCUGGUGCCCUGGUAAAACAAUUGAAUAGUAACGCUGUAGACGGCGACAUACUCCAGUGGGAUGACUUUCAAGAGGGCGCUUUUAGAAUACUACGAGACAAGCCCUCUGACAUGGCAACCACUCCGCAGAAGAGAAGCAAUCGAUCGGAGGAUGAGGGGGCGAAUUCAGAUGAAUACGCGUGGGAAGAAGUAGAUCUUAAACCCAAGAAUGACACGUUGAUAGAAGAUUUUUCGCUGAAGGCUGCAAGGUUACCUUACAUGGACCAAUCUGUUAAUAGUGUGGGCAGUAAAUCGUUUCUGGAUAAAAGAUAUGAUCAGGCAUCGCCCAUCAAAAAUACUCCAACAACCAAAAUCAACAGGAUUAAUGUGGACGAUGACGAUGACGAGGAUUACUUAAAACAAAUUGAAGAAAUUGAAAUGAUGGAAUCCGUGCAACGUUCUAAGAUGGAAAAAAAUUCUGAAUCGGUUGAUAAACCAAAACUCGCUCAACCUACCAUGUCCAAUGCUGAACGAUCACGUCCGCCGAUAGUACAGUAUGGAUCACUUGGAGCUCAGCCGGACUGUAAGCAACUACAUCAUGUGACAAAUUUGAACAGUAAAUCUGGCUCAGUCAUUGAAAUGAAUGGCAAAACAACAAUUUCUGAGUUUAAACCACCAUCUGUGGCGGAGGAUAAAGGUGCCGCAUUAACAGAAGGAGAGCAAAAUUUAAAUUUUAUCUCUCAGAAGAUACCGCAAUUUGAUUUCAACAACAAAAAAUCUCUACUUUUUCAAAAUGAUACCAAUAAUAAAGCGACCCAAGAGAAGACGAAAGAGAAGCCUCCGGUUCCAGAAAUGCCGAGUUGGUUCUCUUCUGCCGAUUCCCAACGACCAUAUAACCCUUAUAGCACCACCAAUUUUGUGGAAGAUAAAAAUACUGGGAACGAACAAGAAAGUGAAGCUGGAACAACCACAAACAGGAACAGCUAUGAACUUCUCACUGGCUUGAAUGCCAUCGAAAUGCUAGAAAAAGAAACUGGAACCGAAGAGAAUUCACUUGACGCAAAAAAUGACGAUGACUUAGAGCUCUUAUCAGAUGAAGUAUAUGAGGACGUUCCCACCAAAUCUCAAAUCGAGAAUGAAGUAGAGGACAGUGGUGAUGGAAAAGAGGAAUCUUCGAAUAAUGGGCACCGGAAGCCCCUUGCUUUUGAUUACGACUUCUCUGAAGAUGAAGAGGAUAACAUAGUAGAGAACAUGAUAAAGGAGCAACAAGAAUUCGAUACAUUCAAGAAAACAACAUUAGUGCCUUCUGGUGGAAGAAAUGUUGCUGAUAGUGCCUUUCUGGAGGACGAGUUGUUCGAGCAACAGAUGAAGGAUAAAAGGGAUUCUGAUGAAGUAACUAUGGAUAUGAUCAAAGAAGUGCAAGAAUUAUUAUCCAGAUUUGGCAUCCCCUAUAUCACAGCGCCUAUGGAAGCUGAAGCACAGUGUGCAGAGCUCUUGCAGCUGAAACUUGUUGAUGGCGUAAUUACCGAUGAUAGUGAUGUUUUUUUAUUUGGUGGUACAAAGAUUUACAAAAAUAUGUUCCACGAAAAGAACUAUGUCGAGUUUUACGAUGCUGAAUCUAUUUUAAGGUCGUUAGGUUUAGAUAGAAAGAACAUGAUCGAAUUGGCACAGCUUUUAGGGAGUGAUUACACAAAUGGAUUGAAGGGCAUGGGUCCCGUUUCAAGUAUCGAAGUCAUUGCGGAAUUUGGAAACUUGAAGAAUUUUAAAGACUGGUACAAUAAUGGACAGUUUGAUAAACGCAAACAAGAAACGGAAACUAAAUUCGAAAAAGACCUGAGGAAGAAGCUGGUAAAUAAUGAAGUUAUCUUGGACGACGAUUUCCCAAGUGUCAUGGUUUAUGACGCAUACAUGAGACCAGAAGUGGAUCAUGAUACCACACCAUUUGUUUGGGGAUCGCCAGAUCUGGACAUGCUACGAUCAUUCAUGAAGCAUCAGUUAGGUUGGCCAUACGAAAAGUCGGACGAAAUUCUUAUUCCUUUGAUUAGAGAUGUUAACAAUCGUAAAAAGAAAGGGAAGCAGAAAAGGAUUAACGACUUCUUUCCAAGUGAAUACAUAUCUGAUGGUAAGAAGCUCAGUACAAGUAAGAGGGUUACAACUGCAACAGGUAAACUGAAGAAAAGAAAGCUGUAA